GAUUUGAGCACAGUGCAACUCCCUCACCGCCUUCGCCAAAUCCCGUGACGGGCCAUAGCCGGGUUCAACUCGGGGCAACUUAAUCGAAUCCCCUCAGUCCAUCUUCAAAUGUCUCUCCAAGGCAAAUGGCGCCCUCUUCUGGGAGAAAAUGUCGGUGAAAUGUAAAAAACAAAACAAAAAACAAAUUAGGAGCACAGGUGUGAUCCAUAAAACUGAUUGAACGGUUAGGGCAGUAGAUAUCCGUAGCUCAAACUAUUGAAGAUUAGAUUUUAGUAUAAUUCUGAAAGAGUCUACCAAGUAAAAUUACUCAGUAGGAUGCUCUUUUGAUUGUGUGAGACAGUGAAGGGAAAAAAAGUGUUUCCAAUUUGUAGUGGUAACGUUGUGAAGUAGGCCUCAUCUCGUUUCCAGCGCUUUCAUUUUGAUAAUCGUUGGAUACAUCAGAAAAUGGACGAAGGGAGCAAACACCAACAGUCAAUGGAAAGCGGUCAGCAAAACCAGCGGCAGGUCAAUCACCCAAGGCCCUUCUUCUAUGUUCAGCCGGCUUCUCAACCUUACUACAACAUGUAUCAUCAUCACAAUCAGUGGCAUAAUAUGAAUAACCCAUACAACCACUAUGGCUUACCUGGUUCUGGAGUUUAUCCCUUUGGACGUCCUAGUCCAUACAUGUCCACAUACCCAUACAUGCAGUAUCCUGGUGGAUAUGUUGUCCCACACGCGCCACACAUGCAUCCAGUUGAUUACAGACGCAUGUAUGAACCACCCCAUUUCCAUCUACCUCCUGUGCAUGACUCCAUGUUCCGCCAACAGCAACACCACCAUGAUCACACCCAGAGAGAGGUGGUCUGUUCUGAGGCUCAGACGGACCCGAGUGAUGCGCUCAACAAGCUCAUAGAAUGUCUGGACAAACUCCGGGCCAACGAGAUGCAGGGUUCUGAGAAAGAGCUGGAUUCCGGUGUUGUUUCACAAUCUUCCGGAAUAUCCUCACCAGAUGGGGAAAGGAAAUCUUGUGAGGUGGUGGUUGGGGGAGAUAUACACAGUGGUCAUGGAGCCUCUUGUGGUAAAUUGGAAGGCAGCCAAUUGCAGUCGUCUUUUCCGAUGGGCAGGUUGUUCAGCGUCGGUAACUCCACGACGGCAGUCUAUGACGGUGAGUCAAGCCGAAGCCUCGGCGGGCUGGGUAAGGAGGGCUGGGCUGUAGACUCUGACGAAGACACCCCAUUGGACAGCUCAUCUAUUCACGAGGAGCUUGAGGAGAACCUGGACCUGCAGCAACAUGCGGAGGAGUCUCUUCAUCGCUGUUCUUUGGAAAGUCUUUGCCUCCAGUCUGCUGUCUUGCAGUCAGAAGACAGCCCCAGACCUGAAAACAUAGACAACGAGGCAGAGGAGGACAGCAUCAAUCCAGAUGGUACUAGUUUCACUGAGGUACCUAGGUGGCAGGGCCACUGCUCCAACCUGCUCCCCACACAGUCACUACCAUCCCCCCUAGCCUCUGACUGGCAAGCCUUAGAGGACAGUAAAUGUGGGGAAGAAACAUUUGAUGUUCCAGAUAGGAAAGGUCUGUCUAAACUGGAUGUUGACCUUUCCUACCAGAUCCUCCAUCUGCCCUUUGACAAGGUUCUGACAGCUGGAGCGCUGCAGAAGGACUGCUCUGCCAGCUCCAGCUCUGCGCUGCUGUGUGGAGACCUCCAGGCUUCCCUGUCCUCCAGCCGGAUCACUACCACCUCCACCCCAGCCCGUCACCACUACUACUCCUACUACUGCCCCCCACAGACAGCCCACGGAAGGCUCAGCGUCCUCAGUCCCUCCCUAGAUGAGCUCUCGUCCCGAGAGGAGAUGUUCUCCACCGACCUGGAGGACAUGGAUCGGUUUCCCAGAAGCUCCGUCUACGCAGGGAGGAGAUUCCCUGCGGAGGUCGAGCACCUCAGAGAGCCAGGGGUCAAGAAAGUGUGUCCUAAGUCCAAGAAGCUUUUGUGUGCCUGCUGUGGCUCGAGCCUGUUGAAAGGAGGGGCGAGCAGGGUUAAAGUUCAUCACAGCCCGAGGGUGUACGCUGAUGAUGAGGCGGGGGAUUCUGAUGACGUUGUCGAGCAGGAACAACAGUCUGCAAGGACGCGUGAUGAGAGCGCGCACCCCACUAGGGUGGUCGUGCAGAAGCACUCUGUCCCCAAGAAACACCAGCCUCUACACAUCCAACAGCAUCCCAAACCCAGCUUUAAGAGAGGCCAGUGUAGAGAGGCUGUCGGACCAGAGGAGGAGGAGGAGCAGCAGGAGGAACCAGAGAUGGUGCUGGUGAGAUCAGAGCUGGAGUAUUAUGAAGGCCAUGUGGUGGAAGGUGGGCAGGAUGCAGGGGAUAAGGAACACAGGACAUGCAAAGAUGGACUAUGCAGAGAGGGCAUUGAAACUUCAGAACCGGCUAGGCGGGAGAGGGGUAGGGCCAAGCCCAGACGAAAACCACAUGCCUCACUGCAAGAAAGACUGGCACUGAGGAAAGCUCUGUGGAAGCCAUUGGUGUACCAGAGAGUGCGAGAUGAGGAAGAGGAGCCAUCACGAUGUCACAGGGGAAAAGGGUCCACCAAGAGAGGAGACACAAGAUGUUAAUGUCACACCAUUGAUCAAAUAAAAUGGCACAGAAAAAGAGCAUUUAGUAGAUUGCACAAUAUAGAUGGACACUUAUUUUUGGGGGUGAUAAACCAAGGAGACUUGGUUGAAGUCUCCUUGGCUAAUAAAGUACACUUUCAGGAGGUCCAUAGACACAGCCUGUUAGCUAGCACUGUACUGUAUUCUUUGGGGGUUAAAUACCUACUUAUUCACCAGCGCAAGUUUGUUGGCUUUGAAAUGUUGAUUUGCGUGACCAGUGUGUGCAUUAUUAAAAGGAAUUUCAAUGUACCUGGCUGUGGUUUAGUACACCUGUUAGUAAGUGUUCAUAUGGUUUGGAAUUAUAACAAUUUUACACUAGAAAAUUAUAGAACUCGAUAAAUGGCAAAUAUUAGACUACUUGACAUGAGACAAUGCUAUUGCCAUGUAGGAUUUUGUCAGUCGACCAUAGCAGUUAAGUUGCUGACA